AUGGAACCGAAAUUGAACGAAUUUCUUGAGUCUUUGAUCCAACAUUUGUUAUCAGACAAAGAUGAGAGUGACGAUCUGAUACUUUUGGAUGCGUCUACUGUUUGCUACACCGAGCAGCCAAUGUUGCUAUCACCGGAAGAAAUAGAAAAAGAAAAAGAAAUACUCCGCUACUCACACUCACUACUCAACAAUAAUGUAGAGGAGGAGGGAGUACUGCCAGACAAAGACAUAAACAAUGAAAUGGUUGGCCGGUUGUGUACACUUCCGAAUGCCUCUGCCCCUGCCUCUGAUGAACCACUACCACUACCACUACCACUACCACUACAAAUGAUGUUGCCACCAGAUGAGGAAGGAUUCGAAUUGCCAGCCGGGUUUCGAUUUAGUCCUUCGAACAAACAAUUGCUGCUUCAUUAUCUCACUAAUAGAUUGAGUGGUAGAAACCUCUCUUCAAAUGAAGUCAAGGACUUUGAUGUUUACACCAAGGAACCAUGGUUACUUCCAGGGGCAAACAAAAAAGAAUGUGUGUAUUUCUUUGUUCCUUGGAGAAAGACAUCAAAAGACAGUUGCAAAGCAGAACGUAGUGCUGGGAAAGGAUUCUGGAGAGCUAGUACGGGAGAUAAAGAUGUUAGGGAUAAUCAGAAGAAGCUCAUCGGUUAUCUCAAGCAGUUGACGUAUCACAUUAAUUACAACGACAACAAUAACAAUAACCAGCAGCAGGAAUCCAACAAUAUUAAGUCUAAAAAGAUGGAUUGGAUUAUGCAUGAGUAUAAGCUUACUAAGUCUCCAGAAAUGACGCUUUGCAGGAUCAAGUACAAGACGCCAUCUUCUACAAAAUCACGACCUGCAAAAUGAAGAAGAUGUAAGCGUUAUGGUUUUAGAAGAGAAACUCUGAUUAUUGCUUGGCCAUGGAUGUAGCGCAUCAUGGGUGAACUAAAUGAAUCAUUGUCAUACCAAAAGUGGAUGACUAGUCUAGAUUUAUUUUUCAUUCUUUUAUUGUCUUCAUAUUCUUGGCGUAUUUGGCCAUUAACUGUA